AUGUUCAUGUUAAGCUACUUAUUUGUCGGGUUGCUUCUGGUAGCAGCUGUUUGUGGAAGAAGAAGCUUUACUUUACAACGAGAGCAUAAUGGAGCUUGUUUUCACAUAAACAACAUCAAAUGGAAUACUGCCAUUAUCAUUGAGAAUUUAAAAUCUGAUUCUGAUUCCAUUCCAUAUUGUAUUUUUGAACAUAAUGAUACUGAAAUAUUCAACAAUAUCCCAUCUUUUGCUUCCUUUCUUCAUUUAAAUGAUAGUUUGGAAGAAUCUGAACUAUUGAAAUUAAAUGAAAAUGGUAACUUGGAAGUUAUCCUCGAAUCCAAAUAUGAUAAUCAAUCUGAAACAGCCUUUACAGGCUUUAUCGAUAGUGAUACAUCCAUUCCAAUUACUAAAGAAGGAUGCUACUGCAUUUAUUUUCCUUGGGUAUACCAAAAUGCAAUGAUAAUCCCUGAAAGCUUUGAAGUUGAUGUUUCAAUAAUAAACGAAGCACCUGCAAUAAAUGCUUCUGUGUUUUGGCCAGGAGUAUUUAUGGUGGUAAUUAUAAUUUAUUGUUCAUAUAUAAAAAAUGAAAAAUUUAAUCAAUUUUCAAAAUGUACCAAAUUAGUGCUUUACUUUUAUUUAGCAACAUUUAUUAGAGAAGUGAUUUAUCUAUUACUAGAAUCAAUCCCUCAUUUCAAAGGAACCCAUUUCAUUCGUCAAGAAUUAACCUAUCUUUAUAGAUUAGCUACUAUAACUUUUAUUAAGUUAUAUUCACGAUGGUUACAUUUAAUUAUUUUUAUGGGCUAUGGUUCACUCUAUCGAUUUAGAAUACCCUCAUUGGUGUUACGGAAAUCGAGAUUCAUAGCCUUUUUGGGUCUAAUUAUAGAUAUCACUAGAAAGAAUAAUCUACAUGAAUUCGAAUUCAAAUAUCUUGUUGUACCAAGAGUAUUGGUAGGUGAUGGUAUUAUUCCUAACACAAACAUUUAUGAAUCAUUCUUUGGGGAAUGGGUUUAUCAUUAUUUGGCGCUUAUAAUGUCUAUUAUAUCCUUAUCUAGGAUUGCAUUUUUCGUCAUUACAGUACAUUACUCCAUUUCAACCUAUAGAAAAUUAAAGUCGAUGCAAAAGCUAAGUGUUCUGAUAAGAUUUAAAAGAGCUGCAGUUUUAUAUUUUGUUAUUCUGCCCAUACUUCGUGUGGUUUACAUUUUGUUUUUUGAGGUUGGACACUUUAGCAUGGAUGAUAACAUUCCAACGAUUCUUAUCGAAUCCGAAGUAAUGGUUUAUGAAGGUUCAAAAACAUUUUACAACAAUCUCCACUUAUUCGUUUUUUGGUUAACAUGGGCAAAUGAAAAGUAUGAACCUGAGCCGGAGUUGGAUUCGAAUGAAAUUCAACUUUCAGAUUUGUGA